AAGCACGACCCAAGCAGCCCUCUGUCGUUGCAGGAGGGGACUGACUGAUCUUUGCCCAAACCCUGCAUCGCCUCCACUCCUCUCUCUCUCCAAAAUCACAGACUGUUAAAAAGAACGGGAUUUUGAUUUGUAGUUAUUAAGAGUUAUUGAAAGGAGAAAACUUUGUUUACUUUUUUUAUUGAAAGUUUUCCUGUCUCUAGUAAUGGCAAGUAGUAGAGGAGGAACUGAAGAAGGGACUAAAACCCUAAAAGAAGGAGAAAGGAUAUUAGCACCAACAAGAAGACCCGAUGGAACCUACAGAAAACCUAUUAGAAUUAGGGCUGGUUAUACACCUCAAGAUGAAGUUGCCAUUUAUCAGUCUAAAGGUGCUCUGUUAAAGAAAGGGAUGGGAGGACCUGAAGUGCCACCAGGUUAUGAUCCAACUUUAGAUGUAAAACCUAAGACAAAAUCAGCAAAGAGGAAUGAAAGAAAGAAGGAAAAGAAACAACAGGGGAAGAAUUCAGAAUCACUAGAGGCUGAAGAAACAAGUACUGUAGAAGUAACCGCUUCUGAGGAUUUAGGUCUCAGAUCUGAAGCCGCGGAAUCAAUUGCAUGUCAGAUGAACAAGCUAGAUGUUUCUAAAAAUUCCCCUGAUUUGACUUCAAAUUCAGAGGCACCUAGUCAAGAUAUCGAUAAGAAAAUUAGAGCACUCAAAAAAAAGAUUCGACAGACUGAAGCACAAUUACAAAAAACUGAGCGGGAUGCUAUGAAUCCAGAGCAGUUAGAUAAGGUGGCUAAACUGGAGGGUUGGCAACAAGAACUUAAAGUACUUGAGGAUAAGAAGGCAGAGCAGUCAACUUCAUGAGGUGUGUUUGUCUCUGGUUGAAGGAGCUAUGCAGUAUUUAUUUGUGCUUGGGGUUUCACUCCUCUAUGGUGAGUGUUUGGAUCAACAUUUUUCUUUGUAUUUGCAGCUGCAAUUGUAGGGUCUGACCCAUUAGCUAUCAUAGAUCAAACUGAUGCGUAGAUUUCAAAUAUUAUUUCUGUCAAUCUGCAUAUGACUCGUUAUCUGAAGGAAAUGUUAAUGGUAGUUGGCCUGUACUUGCCUCAAGUAGAUCAUCUUUGGUUCUGUUCUGUUGAUUCUCGUUAAACUCUAUAUUGCAAUUCUAAAGUUCAUUUUUUAGCUGUA